UCAUAGAAAUAAUCACCUUAUCUCAUGGCACUGACCUACAACUAAUUAGUUAACAAUGUUAACAUUAACUUAACUGACAGAUACUUAACCACCCUAUAUAAAGCAGUUAUCUUCAACUUAAACCAAGUUUAAAUCAAGAUGAACUCAAGGAGGACGCUUUUACUUAUUUUUGUUGCGUUAACUCUUGACAAAUGUGUGUCUGGUUUCUUCUGGAAAUCGUCUGCUGCUACUGGAUUAGAUGGUGUGAAGAAAGCUCCUCGAAUGAACUGGCCAAUCUUGGGGAUCGGUGUGUGGUGCAAUGGUUGCCCGGCGCGAAGCUGCGAGGAUGAUGAGGCUAUUAUACACGGGUACUGCUGCGGCUGUGCUUAUUCAUUAGAUCAACUACCAGUGACUUGUCCAGAAUUCCUGCAGUGCCCCUUGAAUUUGCACGGAUUGUGUCACGAUUAUGAAUAUAUGAUGCGGUGCUGCUGUUGAUAUCACUUAGUAAAUUCGUUCCCGAUGCUGACACGCUACCAAAGUUGACUUUAUCAGCAGAUAAAUAGUACAAACUCAUUGCAUAUUGCUAAUCAAUAUGAUCACUGUUUUACUUUAGAACGAUGACUGUUAGAAAUGUAAUACAAGGAAGUGUUAAGGACAAUUAAAAUAAAACAUCUCUAAAUAUAGCAUACUGUUUUAAUUUCUAAGAAACCCUCAAUACAGAAAUUACAGGGGGUUAGCGGUCUUGAUUUAAGUAAACUUAACUCUGACAUAAUAGUACAAAAAUAACGACAAACCAAGUUAGUACAUAGGACGAGAGAAUCAAAUAAUUUAUACCAUUUAUAGUCUAAUGUUUCAUAUAUUAGCAUUAAAUUCAUUUACCUAAUUUUCUUAACAAUUUAAGUGAAAAAUAGGGACGAAAACAUGAGUGGGACUAUCCUAAUAGGUGAAACAUUGGACUGGUCGUUAAAAUUUAAAAUUAUCACAAAUUGCUGUGAGAGUGAUAUAUGAAUAUUUGUCUUUUAUUAAUACUAUGAUCCCGCUUCGAUGGCUACAAGUUUAAUAUAAGUAUCUGUCUAAUUAUCUAAGGCCAAUAUGCUAUAUCUACAAUUUUGUGUUAGAAUUCGCGAUCCAGUUAAAUAUAUCAACACAAAAUGUUUAUAUAGCGUAACUCCAGUACGCCGUACAUAAAUACAUUGCGGUUUAUACGCUGAUGUUGUGUGGGAGAUGGAAAACAUUCCUAACUCAAUAAUAAAACUGGUAAGUUCGCGAUGUAAACUGUGCGGGUUGCGAGGGCGAUAGGUUGAUAGCGACAAAUGCAAACUGCGGCCAUCGCAUUAACGAAAUGGUCCCAUUCUAAACGUGUCGACAUUCCUGGAGUAGUUCAUAACAUGUUACAAUAGAUAAUUUCACAGCGAUCUCCCACACAAUAC